UAUUUGUUAUGAUAUGUAUUGGUAGAAACUUCUACGCAUGAUCGAUUUUCAUCCUAUUACUUUUCUGACUGUAAAGAAGUGACCAUUCAAAACCCGGUUAGUAAUGGCAGGUCCCUUGUUACGAUGAAAUUACUGUUGCUUGGAGGGAGAAACUGGUUCUUAUCAAAAAUCCUCAGACUAUAUAAGAUGUGAUAUUGUAUCGUGUUAGGAACAUUGUGUGUUGAAAAUAAGUUGUGUCUACGGUUGUUCAGGCUGAUUUGCUUUCACGUUGUAGAUUAUUCCUGUAUAUUACAUGUAAAAUGUUACAUAAUAUAAGGAGCGUUAGACCUUCCAUGGCCCCACAACAUAGCGAGUCGAGAAUACAAGAUCGACCUAAAAGACGUAAAGCUGGCGAUGACGCGUUUACCUGUUCGCAGCAAUCUAUUCUCAGCGCAAUGGAUCGGUUCGUGAAUUCUGUUAGCAGUAUGGACUCUACUGUUUUAAUUCCAUCUCGGUUACGAGACAUGGAAACUGAAGGGGAUAACAUUAAAAAACGGCCCCCACCUUUUAUUUCCAAGUCUGAUUUAUUUAGUUUGUACUUAUCGCUACAUGACAUCAACAACGAACUACUAUGGGGACCCUCCACUUGUGUUAGUACUUCGUCAUCUUCAGGAUCGGAAACGGGAGCCAUAAAACAUACACUGCCCUCUUCCAAAGGAAGCACCGAGCUUCGCAGUGGAAACUCUGUUUCGGACUCCGAUAGCCAGGGGGACAGCGACUUGGACAAUAUCACAAACGAUCCUGAAUUGACAAAACGUGAUGCAGAGACAAAGCAUCUUGCAAAUGCCUACCGUUAUCAUCUUCAGGGCCUUUAUACCAUUUUACAUCAGCUCGCUGACUUUGCAGAUUAUCUGUCUUCAAGAUAUCAGGAGGAAGUAGACGCACCAACACUGUAAAACAUUGUGCAUAUAUAAUAACAUCUUAGUUUAAUUCCACGACUGCUGAGAAGUUAAUGUACAAUUCUUAAAUCAGAAAAUUAACUUUUCAAUAAAAUAACAUUAAUAAAAAUAAUUUAAAAGCGUCAACUAAAACUGUAUUCCGUGUUUGUCGUCAUUUAAUUAAUAGUUUAAAGUAUUUUCAAAACUCACAUUUAACUGAAUAAGAUGGUAGUUUGUGUCUACUAAUUAUCGAACUUGAGUAACUGAAAAAAAGAAACAUAUACAUUUUAUCUGAUUUAGUAUGUUUACAUAAGUAUAAAAUAUUCAAUUUGUAAUUCUAUUAAUAUUUGAUUCCAAUUAGUAAGACAUAAAUAUUAUGCUUUAAAUAACAUAGUUCCAAAUAUUAUCCAUGAUAGUUUGACAAAAUAUUUUUCGAGUUCAAUGACACAUUUUUAUAAGAAUUCACGUUCCAUUUUAUGUAAUUAUGUUUAUGCAAAGCACAGAAAAUUAAAGUGUCAAAUGUUAGUAAAUGUAAUUGAUUUUAAAAACAAUUUGAAGAUAUUUCUAAACUAUUCUUAACUGUGCCUAAAAUAAAAGUAUGAAUUACAUGCUGUAUUUACAAGAGAAUUUUGUUAACAUAUAC